CCAGUUCAAUGUUUAAUGGCCAUCGCCUAUUUCAGGACUUCUACCAGAGGUGGUUUUUUCUCCUUUCCUGAUUUUCUUCUGUUAUCGAAGCAGGAUACUCCAAAAGCCAUGGGCAUUCUCGACCACCUCUGGGAUGACACGUUCGCCGGACCUCUGCCGGAAACCGGCCUCAGCAAGCUCCGGAAGUCGUCGACCUUCAGUUACCGUGGCAAAGAAUCUGACGGAGGGAGCGAGCGAUCGGACGGCGGGGAUUCGUCAGACGAUGUGAUGAAGGUGAGCAGGAGUAUAAUGAUAGUGAAAGCUGCCGGAAAUCCGUUGCCAGGGAACGGAUCGCCGCCGUCUUCGCCGGCCGGAUCUACACCGCCGGUGUCUCAGUUUUCUGGAAGGAGGGAAUGGAGCCGUAUUCUAAGGUCAGAUACUCAAGAAAGAAUUUUUCUUCUACUACUCACGUUGACGUGGGAGAUUUGAGUACAUUUUUUUGACAAUCUCAUACAAGAGAGUAAGAAAAGGGGGUGUAUACAUGUACGUAUUUGUAUAUAGGUAUGCGGUUUUGUGGGUGUUUUUGUAAAAGAGGUGGGUGUUUAUUGUAAGAUGUUUGUUUGUUUUAUGUACAGUAGAUUGUAAGAAGGUUGAUGGAUGUUUUGUGGGA